AUGGACCAAGAGUUCAUUGAUUUGUCAGCUGCUGAACCUCUUUUUGAUUCCUCAAUUGAGGUGAUAGAAUGUGAAGCAGAAGAAUUCGUUGAUAUGGCCAAUGGAGAAAAUGAAGAACAUGCAGAUGGGGGUUUUGACGAUAGUAUCAGACACAAGGAGGUUUAUGUUAAAGAGUUACUGGAGAAUCUUGAUAAUGAUGCCGAUGGUGGUCAUAGUGAUGAUGGCCAACCUUGUACUUUUCAUAUGGAAAAAUUUUUGGCAAAUGAUGGAUGGAUGAGAUGCUUUCAAUGGUUGCAGACGUAUAAGAAGAGGCGAAGGAGAAGCAGUGAUCUUGAUAAUGAUGAUGACGUCGACGAUAACGAUGACAAUAAUAAUAAUAACAAUAAUGAUAACAGUAGUAGUGAAUUCAUCAUCAAUUUAUUAAAAUUAAUCAAGAAAAUCCCAGUAACUGUUGAUAUGAUGAAGCAGAAUGGUUCUGCAAAGAUCAUUAAAAGAAUGAUUAAAUCUACAAACGAUGAAAUAAGCGCUCUGUCGAAAGUCAUCAUCAGUGACUGGAUGUCGAAAUUUACCGCAAAUCAUCAUCAUCAGCAGCAGAAAGAUUCUCUCUCUCCACCGUCAUCGGGUUUUACGUCAUCGUCGUCUUCAUGCUUCAUGAGUGCUCUGACGUCAUCGUUAAGUCCCACCUUUGAGAGGCGGAAGAAGCCGAAACUGACCAAUAGGAAGAGAGAAGGCCCGAAUAACAACAAUAAUUGUAAUAAUAGGACUGGCACAGAACCAUCAAACAGCAACAACAACAACAGUAGCUUCGACGAUAACGAUGUUGAUGAGACUGUUGACAACAACAACAACCUCAGUAGGAGAGAGGAUGAAGAUGCAAAGAUGGACACAACAUCUACAGCAGCAUCAGCAGCCAAUCGUCUCAGGAGAUCGACAUCAUCAUCAUCAUCAGCCAAUAAGAGGAAGAGGAAGUCGGUGAAGUGGGCCGAUGAUGCCUCCCUGUGUACAUACUUCUUCUUCCAAAUGAACGAAUCAGAACGAGUGAAUGUCAACAAGAGCGUGGACUUUGCCGAAACGCUGAGGCAUGAGAUAGAGAUGGAGCAUAGGAUGUUUCAGAAUGCCAGGAAGAUGUUUUCAGAUGAAAAUGUCAUCGUCAAGUCCCAGUGGCACCGACCUUUGUACCUUAGUGGUAGCAUCAGCCUGGUCGAGCCGGGCUGCAACAGCUCCCAGAGGAAGAUCCAGAUGAUUAGGGAACAGAAUGUCCUUCAAGUUAUCUACUUUUCUCGUUGUAUGAUACCGGACCACCCGGCCGAAGCAGAUGCGGAAUUUGUAGACGUACACGAACCGAAAAUCAUUCCUCUUCAUGACACAGCUGCUACUACUACCUCUGCCGCUGCUUCUGCUGCUGCUACCGCUGCUUCUGCUGCUGCUACCACUGCUACUACUAAUACUUCCAUUACUACUAAUAAUACAGGUAGUAAUAAUACUACGUCUGGUAUUGUUGAUGUCGAGUUAUCGCCAGGUGGCAACGGGGGUGGUACAAUGCAGGCUGGCCUGGUUAUGCCCUGGGGUCCAAUGUAUCCAAUGCCUAAUGUGAUGGCUAUGGACGGUCACGGUAUGCCCAUGCCACCGCACCCCGGUAUGAUGCCCCCUAUGAUGUUCCCACCGCCCCCUGGCUUCCCUCCCUUCCCACCCAUUCCCAUGAUGAGGGGAGUCAUGCCGCCGAUGAUGCAGUACCCACCUGGCCCGCCGAAACCCGUCUGCACCCAUUAUCUCAUGGGAACCUGCAAAUUCGGACUGAAUUGUCGAAAUUUUCAUCCACCUCCCGUCGGCCAGCCACCAAUUGUCAAUCACAUGCUGGCAGCCAAUCACAAAGCACCAUUUGUACAGCCGGCUGCCAUUGUUGACCAAUCAUCAAACACUAGUAAUAACGAUAUUGACCCCAGUAGAUUUUCUUAA